CACCCCACGCAGCGCUGUCAUGGCACACUGUGCUGUGCACAGGGUUUAUGGCUGUUACCCACAGCCAGCCAGGGUUCUGGGAAGGCUUUAUCAGCCCCAGUCCAGAGAGCAAGGGCUGAGCCAGGGCGGGGGCCAGGGCUGGGUGGCCUUGGUACAUGUCCCAGCACCCCACGGGGAGGGUGAAGGCCUCUCCCCAACUGGCCACCUGGACCCUCGGCUCUGCUCAGCCCCCCAGCGUGGUCUCACCCCUUCCCCACUUUUCUCAGCACUCUGCCCCUGCCUUGGGCUUGGCCUCUGGGAGCAACCUUCUGUCCCGCAACAGAGACCCCAGGGGAACCGGUGGCGAGAUUUGCCCUGCAGGACUGCCUGGGGAGGGCACGAGGGAGCCUCUGCUUGUGGGGCUGGAAGUGGGGAAUGGGCACCGGGCGGGCAAUGCUGCAGGGUGCCCAUAGGAUUGCGGAGUGCGCUGCUCCGGCUGUCAACUCUGCCUGGGAGGGGGAUGCAUUUGCAGCUUGUCUUGGGGACAGCUGAACUCCCCUCCCCGAGGGCUGUGGUCACAGAGGUGCCUGCAGAGCACACUUUCACCCACCGGGUGCUCAUUCGGGUGCUGUGCGGCCCCCUUUCAGGGCAGCGCAGGUGGGAGACACUGGAGAGGCAGCUCUGCUCACCACAGCCACACCUGGGGCUGUUUUUUAACACUCCCCCCCCGGUGGGGGUCCUGCACCACACUGCUCCAGAGGAUGCAGAGGGCCAUGGCCAGGGAUCCCCCCCCCCCCCAGGGUGGGCAGGUCUGCAGCUGCUUAGUGCCCCUUUCCACCCCUCAGGCUGCCCCAUGGGACUCCCACUGCCAGGGGGACACGUGGGCUGGUGCCAGCAUCACCCUGCUGGCACUUGGCACACCUGAGGGACUCCCUGUGCAGAAGCCCCCCAGCCCACAAGCCCGGGGAGAUGGGCAGACAGGCCUGGUGGCGGGACGGCUUCCCACAUCCCACUGGGAGCCAGGGUGCGUGGCCCUCCCCAGGCCAUGCCGUGGCGGCGAUGGUAUCCAUUCACCCCUUUGCAGACCCCCAGGCGCCCUGGGCUCAGCGUUGCGGGCUCCCACCCAGCCAGCCCUGGGUUGGUAUUUGCCCCGACGCCUCCCUGCAAACCUGCUGCGGCCAGUCCCGGCCCCGCCUGCCCGCCCUUCCUCGCCAGCGGGAAGAGGAGGAAGAGGCAGCUGCGGGCUGGGAACGGCUCUGGAAGGAGUGCGAGUGGGAGCGGGAUACGAGCCAGGCCGUGGGGCAGGCUGGACGGGACAGGAGGGCUCGGCUGUGCUCGCCACCAGGUAUGGUGUGGACUGGGCAGGAGCUGCCCCGGCGAGGGUGCUCUGCUGCCCGCAUGUGGAUCUGGCAGCUGAGCCUUCUUCCCGUCCCCUACGGAGCCAGCGGGGCCAUGCAGCCUCGCUCCGAGCACCGGGAGGGACCCAGGGGCCAUCACACCCCAGUUCCCACCCGCAAGCCGGCAGCAGAGCUGGCCUGGCCGCCCCUGGGGACCCGGCAUCCGCCCUGGCACACGCCGUCCCUCCCGCCAGGAUGGGGUGCAGGCUGGCGGGACAGGGUCCGGGUGGCUCCUGGCGCUGGGUUUGGGGCCUCUGUGCUGGGGAGGCCGCAAGGACAGGGGUGCGGCUUUUCCCCGGAGCUGGCUGGUGGGACGGUAAUUGUGCCGCUCCCUCCGGGGCCGUGGGGCAGCAGGCAGGGACUAACCACUGCCCCGCUGCCGGCACUGCUGCCUACGGGCUGCUGGGUUCUCCCCGCUGCCGGGCAGGGCUGUGCUGCUGCGGAAACUGUGUCACGGAGAGGAGCACUCGUGUGACCAGGUGGGCUUUGCUCUCCUGGUCCCAGCAGGAACUGAGCCACGUCCCCUCUGGGAGAGGGACUGGCUGGUGACACCGUCAUGGGAGCUGCUGUGCUAAGGGGAUGGGCAGCAUGGGGACUAUCCCCCUAACCUGCCCCAUCUCCCCCAGCUGCGUGUCGGACUCAGCCUUCAUGCUGGGGAAGCUGAGGAGGAGCGGAAGGGGGGGGCUGGUGGAGAAGCAGUGGCAGAGCCUGGAGGAGAGGAGCAGCACCGGCACCCGGCUGGGGCACCCUGUGCUCACCAGAUCCAAAACCUGUGACCCCUCCUUCUGCACGGACACAGAGCAGGCUGCAGUGGCCACAGGCAGGCAGGGAAACCCGUCCCCGUCGCUCAGCAAGCGCACCGCAAGUUACCGCAAAGCCUUCGGGGAGCUCGCUGAGCGGGAAGAGCUGCUGGCCUGCUUCUCCUGCGCCUGGCAGAGAGAGGUGCCCUACCAUGGCCGCCUCUACAUCACCUCCCACCACGUCUGCUUCCACUCCAGCCUCCUGCUCAAGGACAUCAAGGCUGUGGUCCCUGUCACCUCCAUCUCAGCCUUCAAGAAGACCAACACGGCGCUCCUGGUGCCCAACGCACUCAGCAUCCGCACUGCCGAGGGGGAGAAGUUCCUUUUUGUGUCACUGCGCCGGCGGGAGGCCACGUACCAGCUCCUGAAGUCAGUCUGCAAACACCUGCAGGACAACAGCUGGAGCGCUCUGGCCUCUCUGAGCAAUGAGGAAAUCCUUAGGAAGCCUCUGACCUCAAGCCAGUCAGACCUGGAGCAGAGUAACCCAGAGCCUGACAGCCUCCAGGAGCCUCUGGAUGGGCUGAGCCCAACGCCAAGGCAAGCGGAGGAGGAGGAUGAAGAGGUGACGGCGCUGGCUCUGAGCAGCAGUGAGCGGGUGCCCUUGGCAAAGCCACGCAGCUUCUGGGGGGGACCCCACACCACGCUAUGGGCCCAGAUCACCGCACAGCUGAGCCUCCUCAACACCGUCCUCCUCAUCUACCUGCUGCUGAUGACGACCCUGCUGCUGUCCUCGAUGUACAUCGGUCUGCGCAUCACGGAACUGGAGCAGCAGCUGGCAUCGGUGGAGGCUAGGCCAGACCUCAACCUGUCACAGCAGUACAAGACAUGAGGCCAGCAAGGACCCAGCCAUCGCCCCAGCUGGGGGGACGGGCUCAGGGGCUGCUCUGAGCCCUUCCUCUGCCUCUCGGGGGAACAGCUGGGAGCUCCAUCACCAAGUACCUUCCAGCCCCCCGCAAUAUACCUGGGGAGCCCACACAAGCUGUGGGGCUCCAUCUCGAUCCCCCCCGUGUCUCCUCACCCUGAGCAGCAGCAGGAGGAACGUGGGCAGCUCCCCCGGGGGCAGAGAGAAGCACACGGUCUGACUGGGGUCAGGUACCCACCACCCACCCGUCCCUAGCCCUCCCUGCCAACGGGGGUGGCAGGCAGAGGGGGACCUGGUGCCAGGCAAGGCAGGGGCAAAGGGACAGACUAUUCUAUUAAUAAAGAUGUGACCCCCUUCUGGGAGCACGCUGGGCUG